UGUAAUCCACCGGCUCCGUUGAACAUAAAAAGCCCCGGUUAUCCGCCUUGAAGAGAGUAAAUCUAACCACCGACACUCAGACUUCAGAGAAAGAUAGUUCUAAGUAUCAAGGAGAUUUCCAUUAGCGGCAAUGUCUACUCCUGGUGCCCAAGAAGUUCUUUUCCGUACUGGAAUCGCUGCGGUUAACUCUACUAACCAUCUCCGUGUCUACUUUCAGGACUCUCACGGUAGUAUUCGCGAGAGCCUCUAUGAGAGUGGAUGGGCCAAUGGUACAGCAAAGAAUGUAAUCGCUAAGGCAAAGCUUGGUACCCCACUGGCUGCGACAUCCAAGGAGCUGAACCACAUUCGUGUUUACAGUCUUACCGAAGAAAAUAUCCUCCAGGAAGCUGCCUAUGAUAGCGGCAGCGGAUGGUACAAUGGUGGGCUGGCUGGUGCCAAGUUCACGGUUGCCGCUUACUCUCGAAUCGGAGCCAUCUUUCUGGCAGGAACGGAUGCUCUGCAGUUGCGGGUCUAUGCCCAGAAGAUUGAUAAUACGAUCCAAGAGUAUAUGUGGAAUGGGGACGGCUGGAAGGAAGGCACCAACCUUGGAGUUGCGCUUCCUGGCACUGGUAUCGGAGUUACUUGUUGGCGCUACACAGAUCACGAUGGUCCAAGCAUUAGAAUCUGGUUCCAAACCGACGAUUUGAAGCUUAUCCAGCGCGCAUAUGACCCUCAUACCGGAUGGUACAAGGAACUGACCACCAUCUUUGACAAGGCACCUCCUCGCUGUGCAAUCGCGGCCACGAACUUUAACCCCGGCAAAAGUAGUAUCCAUAUGCGGAUCUAUUUUGUCAACUUUGACAACACCAUCUGGCAAGUGUGUUGGGAUCACGGCAAAGGGUAUCACAACAAGGGAACCAUUACACCAGUCAUUCAAGGCUCGGAAGUCGCGAUCAUCAGCUGGGAAGGGCCAGAGCUGCGUUUGUACUUUCAAAAUGGCACCUAUGUCAGUGCUAUUAGCGAGUGGACAUGGGGCACAGCACACGGAUCACAGCUGGGCCGCCGGGCUCUCCCUCCGGCUGAGUAGAGUUUCGUUACGCGCGUUGGCCAUAUACAGCUCUGCCUACAGCAGACCAAGUGCUCGGUUCAAGAAUACAAAUGGCCAACGAACCUGCGUGUACAUACCAGCCACUCCGUAACUACAACGAAACACUGUUAUUCUAACAGUCUAUGCUGUUGCUGGAUCUGACGGG